UUUUUCCCGAUCAUGAUCGAGCAAUUGUGAGAGUAUAAUAAGCUCCGAGCUCCGUUCGGGCUAAGGGUCAGUGUUAAGUGCAGUUUUGCGAAAAUUUGGCGGGUAUAUAUUUAUGAUCGGUACAUUGCACAGCUGGCCAGCAUUGCUUGAAGUUAUCUGUAACGAUAUGUUGUUGGUUUCCAAAUCCGCGGUUGACGAGGUUAACCUCCCAGCUCUUCUCAAGAAAUUAUCCACCAUGACAACAGUGUUUAACGAGACCAAAGAAAAUCACCCCGCUGGGCACGUGACCAGAGCCGAAGUGGUUAGCGGCAUGUCUACUCCCGAGAAACUUAUCGGACGACCCUGUGAGAACUCCGUUAUCGCUACCCCCGCUAAGAAGAGGUGUCGCGUGAGCAGCGUACCUUUAUCAGCUAUCCCAGUUUGGCGACCUGAGCCAUCUAACAUCUGGACCAAAGUCACUAAAGUCAGUAAAGACUACAGUACGAGAAGCGAGUGUCCGAGCUCACCAACGCAGUAUAGAAUAGGAUCCAAGAGGCGGCAUCCAGAACAUAGAACCUGCCCUUGUAAAAGACCUAUUUUAGACUUUAGUAAAAUGUGCGAGACGUCCUACGUUAAGUUGAACGAUAAAAGAGACUCCAUAAUAAUUCCUAAGGGAAUUGGGCUGGACAUUGUAUCCUUGUGUGAGGAACCAGAGAUGUUUAGCAUUCGACCAAUACAUCGCGAUACUCUGUGUAUUGUUAAUAAAACACCCCUGUCUACUGUCAAUAUUGACUUAGAUUCGAUUGAAAGGGACUAAUGAUAAUCACUGUGCUCCCUUCAUCUCUCUCUCCCUCCUCCAUCUCUCUAUUUCUUAAGAAAAAGUCCCUGCUCUGGGACGUGUAGGACGGGAUAUAAACUGGGUACCGAGUUACUGGUUCCUAUACUAGUAGGAACCUAUCACGUGAUCAACACGAGGGUCGAACUCGGUCUCCUGUCCUCCCAACUCUGCUCUCCCUCAGAGCAAUGUGACGAAUUUGAACUUCUGGUGCAAACCCGGAUGUAUUUGUUCCUCCGGGCGAGAAUAUUUAGUUUAAAUUUACUAGGAUUUUGUUGUGCUGGCAAAUUUCCAGCGUAGUAGCGUAGUGUUGUGCCACUCUCGCCACAUUUCAUGAUGGUUCCUGCUUUACAAAUUAUGACUUAGUAGUUUUAACAUGUUAUUUAGGUGAUAUUUAGCCUGUUCUUAGUGUGUAUUUUAACAUCAUGUUUAGGAAAGUAAUAAAGAUGGCAGAAAAGUUUUUAAACUGUCCAUUUUUCAGCUGGACUCAUGACGUGACACUGUGUGGACUAUAUAUAUUAAGGGUAGAUUUAUUAUGAGUAAUAUAUAUGUGCGCUACCGCUGCUAAAAUCCCAAAUAAUAAUAUAAACAACGACUAAAUUUUUCUGUGUAGAAGAGUCUUAUAAAUCGCUGAGCUUUUGAUUUUUGUUCUGUAAUUGUUAAAUUGACUAGGAUUUAAUUUCUUAAGUUUUUUGUGCAUAUUACGUUUUUUUUUCGGAGAGAGAGAGAUUGUUCGUGAUAGAUCUUAGGAAAAUUCGGUAUCGAUAAUUCUUCUAGCCGACUGCGUGUGCAGUUUUAUGCACAUUUCGUCGGCAAAAACUUUGAAAUCUAUGUUCUCUUUAUCAACGCUCCAGACUUUUCAUAGGAUUUAACUUUCUGAAUUGUGUUGUAAAAUCAUAAUCCAGGCGGUUGCCGUGGAAUUUAAAUGCCGGAGUUAAAUAAAAUUGCACCGCCGUUUCUCGCCCAAUGUGCCCAAUAAAAUGUUUUAGGGUUCGUUUUUUUGUACAGAAUAGUAAAUUUUGUUCACUUCUCAUUUAAGGGCCAGUGGCGUGGGAUUGCGGUGCUACAAAAAUUGAAAAAAAUUCUGAGAACGGUUGUUGUUGUUGUUGUAAUAAUAUUAUAAUUUUGACGAAAGGCGAUGGACAUAUUGCAUUGGUAAUAUUAUUUAAGUAUAAUAUGUUUCAAUUUAAAUCAGAAUUUGGCAGUUGGAUCGCAAUAAACGGGAAAUUCGCAAGAUGAUGAUUAGUGGUAACCUUGAAUUAGUUUUUAAGGAGGAGAAAGUGUAUAAUAUGAUAGGGAUGGCCGUUAUGGGGCAUGGCCGCAUUUAUUUGUUUCAGUAUGUUGUAUUUAUUUCCGUUCACCGGAUUUGAAAAUUAGUUGCCAGUGAGCAGUGUAUUGGUGGUCAAGGUUCCGUGUAAAGCCUAAAUUUAGAUAGUUUUUAGGAUAUUUAGGUAUCACAUAGCAGUUUUGUAUGAUGUUGAUUUACAUUGAAGAUAAUAUUGGUUCUGGAAUGCUUGACCGUCAAUCAGCAAAAACAUGAGAAGAAACGGAAAUACGCUGUACAUAUGUGGCCAGCUCGAUGUGACGCGCCACAGCACGUGAUGUGACGUCACGACAUGUGAAGUGACGCCACAUGAUGUGAUGUAAUGUCACUUGAUGCAACCUGUUUCCGUUUUGCGUGUCCAACUAGCCCCGCACUGUUAGUAGGAGUAGAAACCCAAAUUUGACAAUGGUAUCAAGUGUUUUGUUUGCUUAUUUUAAAUCGCUUAAAUCUUGCGCUGGAUUUUUAAUUUAAGUUUUAUGUAUUACGGAAAUUUUGUUGGACUACUGCAUAAUAUAGGAUAGAUCGAUAGAGGUUGUAAAAUGUGUAAUAACUUGAAAUAUUUUAUCUUGAUUUUUCAUCUAUUACUCUUGGAAAGAAAUCUUGUUAUCCAAACCAUGCUGCUUUUCCCAUUAUCAAAUUGAAUUUUAUGACAAACAGAUGGUCUCAACUUAUUUUCCAUUUAAUUUGAACCGAACAUUAUUAUGUAAAUUCAAUGAAAGGCGAUUGCACAUGGUUUUAAGUGGAAAUACUUUACCGGAUAAUCGUUUUUGUUAAAAUUGGAAAUUUAGGAGAAAUUGCUGUCACUAGUGUUAUACAAAUAUUUUCAUUCCUCCGUUUGGUUAA